AUGCAAUUUCUAAAGUGUCCCGACAAUGCUCUCCACUCCGACGUCGUUUAUGUUCAUGUCUACUGGUACAUUCUUCCUGAGCUCCGCCCAUUUCUACGCGACUUGGAGUCCUAUGGAUCGAUGAAACUGGUAGAAGAGGAUGGUGAGGAGAUGAUUCAGACGAUGUUGGAUAAAUCGAAUAAUCAAUUGAGCAAGUGUUGGUUUCCAUCUCUCGCAUCACCAGUCAUCUAUAAUAGCCUAAAUGGAGAGAAAUACAUUUGUAAACCGGAUAUUUAUACAGUUGUUCAAAAUAUCGCACUUCAUACUAUUAAACGUGACAAAACCGAUUCGUUUCGUGUCUUGCUUGCACAUGUUCUGAAAUCCAAAAGUAUGCGAACUGAUGGACAAGUGGAAUUUGUGAAAUUCGAUGAGAAAAUGUUCGAUGAAAUUGAGAAGGAAAUGAGAGAAGGAGAAACAAAAAGUCUCCAACAAGCGUGGGCGCAACGUCAUCAUCUAGAAAUGCUCUUGUUGGCUAAGAAUUACGCAGCGAUCGCUUCGAAAUUCCGGGAAUUGAAUCCGACUUUUUGGGAUUUAAUCCUCUCUACAUAUUUGGAACCGCUACAAUUGUUGUCUCGUACACAUUUAGCGGAGGCAAAAGAGCUCGUUUUCAUCAUGCUCAGCAAUACUUGUGUCAUCAACGGUAUUGAACAAGUUAUGGCAAAACGCGCCUCGCUUUUAAUGUCUACACCGGAAUCUUCUUCAAUUACAGUCAGAUUGUUUGAGGAUGGAAAGGAGAAAUAUGUGAUGGAGAUGGAAUUGUAUCAUGCAUUGAAUAGAGUGUCUCCGGAAUCUGAGAGAUUCGAUAUUCAAAAUGAUGGAUUUGUUUACAAGGGAAUGAGUUUUGAAUGCGUCAAGGCAGAGUUUGGAGAUAGAAUUCAGAAAAUUGAGUUCAUCCGCACUCCGAUUCUUCGCUCUAAACACUGUGCAGUACCUAUCAGAUCCCACUUUCCGGGAGAAUUCGUCAUUCCAGCUGUCGAUUAUUUUUUCGAAUUUUGGAAAAAUGUGAUUUUGGGAGUCAAACUAUUCCAAAAACAUCAAUGUUCGGAUUGGGGGAAAUUCGUCCCACUUUUUCGCAAGCUUGUAGAACUUUUUGAUAGUGAAAAAAAGCAGCAAUACUUCCUGAGAGCUGAUAUUCGUGUCGAGAGCGUAGCGAGUAAAUCAUUAGAACCGUACGGCGUUUCACCGGUCAAAGACGUUCGAAAUGCGAAGAAAGACGGAUUUACUGCACAGAACCUAAAGAACGAACUGGCACAUUUGGGACUCACUAACACAUUCCCUGAAAUUCAAGAUUAUGCAGAAGAUGUAUACGAGAAAAUCGAUAAAGCGAAGAAAGAGAGAUAUCUGAGAACUUGCGAUCUUUUUGAUGCUUUAGAGAAUUGCCAAUUGAUUUGUGUGCUCAAUAGAGCUCCAAGUCUCAAGAAAUUUCUUCACCAUCAAAAAGGAUGUGAGAGGGUACUCGGAUACAGGUGUGAGCAGUGUAAGAAGGAGAAGACGAUGUCGGAUGCACUAGAAGUCAGUCAGCAACCUGCGGAGGUUCAGAAGACAUCAGAUAUCCAGAAUUCCAUGAAGAAUCUGAAAAUCGAGAGCUCAGGUGCAUCGAUGUUGAAUCAAUACUCACAACCGGCUCUUUUUGCUCCAAAAGACUAUGAAAAGUGCUUUCAAUCUUCAAAAGUCCUUACUGAAACUCAAAAUGAGCUGAAAAUGAGUCAAGAUCAGUUGAAGGAUAUGCAACAGGAGAUAACGAAUGCAGAGAAGGAAUUGAGUGAUUUGAAGAAAGAAAGUGAGAAAAUUGUGGAGUCGAAAGCAAAGAAGACGGAGGAAUUAGCAAAAAUGGAGGGGGAAUUGAACAAUGAGAAGGAAAAGAAUCAGGAGAAAGAAGAGGAGAUUCUGAAGGCGUCAAAAGAAAAUGAGGAGCUUCAGAAGACAAUUCUCAAGUUGACAGCUGAAAAUGAGGCGAAUGAGAAUGUAAUUCAGAAGUUACUUGAUAGAAUUACCGAUUUAUCGAUUAGUAACCAGAAAACUAAUCAUAUCGACGAGAAAACUACCGAAGAAUCGACUCCAACUGCUUCUGUCACCUCUAAAAAUGCUCCUCUCGUGAUCGAUUGUCUCAUUUGUUCCAGUCAAAUCAAGUCGGGACAAAAAGUCAUCAGAUGUCCGCUGUGCAAACGGAGAUUCCACUCGAAUUGUGCAUUCAAAUGGCGCAAAGACCACACUCAAUGCCCGGCGUGCAAUGGAGAUCUCCCUGGAAUUUAA